AUGAUUAAAAGAUCAGUGCAUAUAUUGCAAAUUUUUGUCACUUUUUGGAUUAUUUUGCAAUGUUCAGGUGACAUUGAUGCAGCUACCAACCCACAAACGGCACCAAUUGCAACCGGAAUCCGUUUCAAACAAACAGAAAUUGAUUUCCUCUUGAACACAAUUCACAAAUACAACCGAUAUCUUGCGUCAUUGAGUCAAGCAUUGCUAAAUUUAAAGACAAAGCAAUCGUACAAACAAAAUUUAAUGACAAAGGAUGGAACUAAUUACGAAAAUGACGUCAUUGAUGAAAAUCCGUUGUUCAAAUAUGCCAAACGAAGUCCCUUUAUCGCCCCUCUUCCAAGUGCACUCACGAAAAAUGAUGCCAACAAGUUGAGUUACUUCCAACAAAAAGUUUUGGCGAAAAUUCGAAGAUCCGCCAAGGAGGCUCCUGACGAGUUUACGCCCUCGAUUAGUGUUGGCGCCCUUGCGGAUUUACAGGGAUUUUUCGAGGCUCUUGGACAAAAUUUGGAGAGUUUGGAGGAGAAAAAGUUGCCGGAGGAUCAAAUAAAGUUUCUCGAACGUGAUGGCGGGCUGGACCAGCACGUUCGAAAAGCUUUAUUUGAAGAUGCUGUGCAAUCAGGUACGAAACCCUUAAGAAGUGCAGCUUUUCUUCAUGCAACGCAUAGUUUUCGUCCGUCGCAUAAAAUUCGAUCGUUAGUCGAUUACCAUCCCGAGGGUUAUUAUCAAACGAAUUUUCAUGAUCCGUACUAUUUGCAUGCUGGCUUGGGCAAAUAAUGCGCAUGUAGACGCCCUAACGCCAACUCUGAGGUACAGCAGCACGUGGCGACAACUAAUGAGGAUGGGUUAGUGGCGAUUCGAUCACCAAUGCGGAUGAAGAAAAAAGAAGUUUUGAGGUUUUUGUUC